AUGAAAUUUCUAUGCCUCCCAGGAGGCUAUUGCAGCGCCAAGGCUCUUAAAACACAGCUCGGUCCGUUCGCUGAUGCCCUCGCGUCCAAUGGAAAUGCCAGCUUCCACUACACGCAGGGAACCACUGAGGUGCAUGUUCCCCCAGAAUUUGCCGGGUUCUUUGGUCCGCCGCCCAACUAUACCUUUCUCAAGGUCGAUGGGCCUGCACUGGUCCACACGAACAUGAGUGAUUUCCCGAAACGCGACACCCCAGAAGAGGCAAUGAAAGCAGCCUCGGAGGCAGCAGGCGAUCCCACAUUCUCGUGUAUCAUCGAGGUCGUGGACCAUCUAGUUGGCAUUCUUGACAGUGAAGACGACAUUGAUGGUGUGAUUGGCUUCUCUGAGGGCGCCCAAAUCGCCUCGUCGCUUAUUCUGGAAGAGCAAAGAAGAGAGAGAGAACUUGGUCGGAAACCUCGACUUAAAUGCGCCAUCUUUUUCGGUGGAUGGCCACCAUUUCACCCGGUGACUGGUAAACUUCUUACAGCUGACGACUAUAAUGAAGAACCGAUCACUAUUCCCACCUGCCAUGUUGUUGGUGCGUCGGACCCGUUCCUUGAUGGGUCAAUGGCACUAUACAAUAUGUGCGAUCCAGACAGCGCUGAUCUGUUUGAUCAUGGCGCGGGGCAUUUAAUCCCAAGAAAGAAGCAGACUGCCGAGGAGAUUGCUUUGGUUCAAUUUACAUACAUCAGCUCGCAUUUUGAAUCUACUCCAACAGCGGCCUUGUCUCUGCUUCUUCCGCCUCGACUUCAGUCUGACCCUCAGUCCGCCUCCAUUGAGGAAAGAUACCAGCAAAGGAUCCAAGCCCCAAACCCCAACCUCGCCACCUAG